AUGAGGGCAGCUGCACACCUUAGGAAGGUUGUUGCCGACAGAGGGCUGCUCCGUAGACAUACCUUCCAAGCGGCGGUCGCUUCGAUUGCUCCAUGUCAAUGGAGAUCACGAAACUAUUCUACAACUAGCGAUGACCCAGAUGCCGCCGAUGCUUCAACAAUACUCGGCAGUAAUGAAGCCCCUAAACGCCGAGGGCGGCCCAGGAGGACUCCGGAAGAAAAUGCUCUGGCAGCGAUAGAAAGGGCGAAGAAAAAAGCUGAACUAGCAGCCAAAAGAGCAACUGCCCUGAAAAAAGCAACUUUGCCAAUACCCAAAGACUUCAGGGAAGAAUAUGAAAAACUUUACGAAAAACCAACGGUAUUCAUGAAGCCUAUGAGAAGGCCGGUUGGGCGUCCUCGAGCCAAACCAACCAGAGCAACCAGAGCAACCAAACCUUCCGUGGUUAAAGAGGACUCUUCUACAGCAGCUAAGCGACGGGGCGUCGGGAGGCUAAAUAAUCGAGGGCAGAGGGUUGGAAGCAAGAGUAGGUCUAAGGGGAUUGAGUCUGAAGAGCCUAAAGCUAGGAAACUUGCUGGGCGGCCUAAGAUGUUUGGGCCUAAGUAUCCAACCGUCGCUCAGAAGAACAGAAUGGCAUACUAUGCAGGUGUUCCUGUAUCCGAGCUUGUAUUUGGGAUACCCAAACAUGAGAUGGAAGGGGAUCCUAGUCCUAAUAUUCCUGCUGAUCCUAAUGGUCCCCAACCGAGGCGGAGGCGGAGGACUCGGGCAGAGAUGGAAGAGAUAUAUGGAAUAGACCCCGGAAGACCUAAGAAGUAUGGUCCAGAGCUGCCGAGCAAGAUCAUACUAGAUCAAGGGGUCGAAAAGAUGGUCUAUCUUAGGCCCGGUAGAAACAAACCGUUUUUUAGCGAAGAAGAGAGGGAAGACAAGGAGCUUAGACAGGCUAGGGAAGAACUGGUAAAGGAGGCAAGGCGGCAAAGACGAAAGGAGAUCGCAGAGUAUGGAAUUAGUGAGGAUGGGAAGAAAAAACGUAGGAAAACGCCGCUUGAUGAAGAAAUUGUUGUCAAGCUAGUGAAUAAGCAACUUAAUCGACCCACUGGACCCAAGGCGUACAAAAUCAGUGACCUCACUCGCACUGCAAGGGAUUUCCUUCAAACUCGAAAAAAAGAGCAAGCGGAAGAUGAAGAGGGACAGGAGCGGGAAUGGGAGUAUCUACUGGAUGAUGAAGGGCUUCCCAUCGUACCAAAGAAGGCCCCUGGGGGAGAUACCCGGCAUAAAAGAGGGUCGCUACCCAAAGAAAGAGUGAGAAAAAGUAGAUGGGAUGGAACAACGAAGAGUAAAGAUUCCGGAGAAGAGAAAUGGAGGGCAGUGACCCCACAGAAAAUACAAAACUCUGCUCCGACAAUCGCGAGCCUGGUGCAAUCGGGGAUACCGCAGCCUAAACCUCCAACGGACAAAUCUCUUGUAAUUGGAGAAAAGAAGUGUGCGGAUAUAUUCAAUAACUUCGACUUCUCAGAAUAUCAAGGAUGCGAAGUGAUUGAUUUCAACCCUGGCUAUGGGAUAUUUUCUCGAGAGCUGAACAAAGCCAUCAACCCAUCGAAACAUAUCCUGCUCGAACACGAGCCCGAUUUUGUUCCUUUUCUUGAGCACACUUGUACGGAUAGUUCCUUUGAAAUCGUUCAGAAAGACUUCUACGACUGGAACACAUUCGACGACCUCAUCAAGGAUGGAAAAGUCAAUCCAACGAAACUUCCAUUCGAAGAAGGAGUUAACAAGACCCUUCUUGUAACCGGAAUGCUUCAUAAAGAAAUUAAAGGUGACCGAUUUAUGGCACAAAUCCUCGACGCCAUGGCACAGAAAAAUUGGGUCUUUAGGUAUGGCCGAAUUAAAUUUCUGCUUUGGGUUGACGAGGACAUGGUGGCACGGUACCUCCCUAGGAGCUUUGGGAGAAGAAAUCGUGCAGCAAUCAUGGUUGAAGCCUUUACAGAUCUCCGGGAGAUUGCAUCCCCGCCGCCUUUUUUCACCUGGGCAGAUCACCGGUUCUUCUUCAGGAUGGAUAUUUGGAAACAGGCAGGCCACGUUCCGAACAAACAAGAUGCCACAACAGGCGUCAAGUAUGCUGACCAGCUCACAUACAUUUCCAUGUCCCGAGAUCCACCUCCAGUCGUGUUUGAACCCGUGGAUUAUUGGCCGCCUCUGCGGUGGGCUCAAACCACCCUUCUAGACUUUACACCAAAGCUCACACUACCAUAUCUGAGAGGAGAUGUACCAGACUCCGAACCUUGGAAGUUCUUCAACCUCUUCCUCACGUCAUCAUUCUUGUCCCGGAAUAAUUCGAUGCGGAAUGUGCUUUCUAAAAUUGGAGAGGGUGCCGAGCAGAUGUUCGAAACUGAAGAAUCGUUAAAGAAAUUCCCAGAUCUCGCUGAUAAGCCUGCCGUACAUGUAUCAGUUGAAGAGCUGGUAGCCCUUGCGCAAGCGUACGAAUUCUGGCCAUGGAGAAACGAUGACCCGUUCCUCGGUACGGAUAUGCGACUCAGUCGUCCCGGAAUGUUAGAAGAACUUGAGGAUGCUCAGAUGGUGCAGUGA